AUGGACCUCACCAAUCGGGGUGUCGCAUACCUUGAGAACGUUAUGCCUGCACUAGUCAAGGCAAACAUGGCGAUGAAAGAAAGGCUCAGAUCACCUGCUAGCGAAUACAUGAUGCCCGAUAGCUUUGCACCGCCUCCGCGUCGGUCUACAGCAGAUGAUGGCCUGCACCCUUGCACAUCGUCGCUCCACUUCAACGACUGCAGCGGCACAGCAGAUGAAGUCGCCUCUGCGCCUGACAGAACGACUAGCGAGACAGCAAUGAUCGACGCUCCGCCUCUGUCUCCGGAGGAAGCUGUGUGCGAGCAGGGUGCGGGUGGUCCAAGACAAUUUGGCGAGUACGAAGACGGCCUCAUGAUCGAACGCUGA